AUGAAUCUCGCAAGAAACAGGCGUUUUUCCUUUGUUACAGUUCUGCUUGUGCUUGCGUCCCUCUUUUACUUGUAUAACACCUCGAUAUUUACGCAACGAACCGAUGCCACCCCGUAUAUAAACGAACCAUUUAAUGAUGAUAACGACAAUGAUGGCCCCCCCGACCCAGAAUCGCAAGCCUCAGUACCCAGGCCAGAUGAUAACUAUUUCUGGGCUCAAUUGCCCCAGCGAUACCCAGUUCAGGCCACAAAAUCAGUUCCGUCGCCUCUCCCGAACAGCAUCCCAGCCAUACAACACCGUUUCCCGCAGGAGAAGUCCUCUGAUCGCGGCAUACGGAAAACAAGACUAGAUGCUGUCAAAGGCAACUUCUCGCAUGCUUGGGCGGGCUACAAAAAUUAUGCAUGGAUGAGCGAUGAGGUCAAACCUAUAUCUGGCCAAGGGCAUAAUCCAUUUGGUGGAUGGGCGGCGACGCUUGUAGAUACACUAGAUACGCUAUGGAUCAUGGACAUGCGCGAUGACUUCGAAGAAGCAGUUCGCGCCAUCGAGAACCUCAACUUCACGACAUGCUCGCUCGAAGACAUCAAUGUCUUCGAGACCACCAUUCGAUACCUAGGCGGGUUCCUAGGCGCCUACGACAUCAGCGCAGGCAAGUAUCCCGUGCUGCUCCGAAAAGCAAUUGAGGUUGGCCAAAUGCUAUACGCCGCGUUUGACACGCCGAAUCGAAUGCCCAUCACGCGAUGGAACUUUAACAACGGCAUAAACAAUGUGCCGCAAGAGGCUGGAGAUAAUGUUCUUGUAGCAGAGAUUGGUUCGCUCACGCUAGAGUUCACGCGUCUCAGCCAGUUAACGAAUGAUGACCGAUGGUUCGAUGCUAUCCAGCGCAUCAUGGAUGCGUUUGAGGCACAGCAGGAGCUGACCAAGGUCCCGGGGCUGUGGCCUGUAGUGGUCAAUGCGAAGACUAUGAAUUUCCAUGAAUUUUCUGGGUUUACUAUUGGAGGCAUGGCGGAUUCGCUCUAUGAAUACCUGCCCAAGCAACAUGUUCUCCUUGGUGGAGGCUCUCAGCAAUACCAGAAGAUGUACGCGGGUUCAAUCGAGGCCAUGAAAUCUCACAUAUUCUUCCGUUCUAUGACCGACGACGGACAAUAUGUCCUCCAUCCCGGCGACGUCUCAUGGGAUGAGAACUCACAGCCCAAAAUUGAGCCGAAGAUCCAGCACCUGAGCUGCUUCGCCGGUGGGAUGGUUGCUCUUGGGGCGCAAGCGUUUGGCCGCCCUGAGGAAUUGACUGUGGCACGCAGGUUGACUGAUGGCUGUAUCUGGGGGUAUGAGAGUGGUCGAUUGGGCAUUAUGCCCGAAAUAAUGCACACAGUUCCCUGCGAGGAUGAGAGCGACUGUCCCUGGGACGAGGAAAGAUGGCGACAUGGAGUUGAAGGGGCGUUUCCAGACGAGGAAUCCGCGGAGGCAACCAUCGAGGCUAGACAUUUACCACCGGGAGUAUCAAAGAUUGACGACGCUAGAUAUAUCUUACGCCCCGAAGCAAUCGAAUCAGUAUUCAUCCUAUAUCGAAUCACGGGCGACCCGGUACUCCUCGAAAAGGCAUGGAAUAUGUUCAAUAACAUUAUUCAACAUACCGUCACCGACAUUGCGCAUGCCGGCAUCAACGACUGCACAGUGGAUAAGCCCUCGAAGCAAGACCGGAUGGAGUCGUUCUGGCUUGCAGAGACACUGAAAUAUUUCUAUUUGAUUUUCUCUGAGCCGGAUAUUGUUAGUUUGGAUGAAUACGUGCUUAAUACGGAGGCGCACCCGCUUCGUUGGCGUGCUUGA